AUGGCGAGAUACUACUGUGUGUAUUGCAACUCGUAUUUAACGCACGACACGAGCAGUGUGAGGCGCUCGCACCUGGUGGGGAAGCACCACGUGAAGGCUGUCGCCGAUUACUACCGCAACAGGAGCGCUGUCGGCCGCCAGGCCCACAGCGUUGCGUUGACGCUGGCCAAGCGCAGAUAUAAGAAGCUGCUGGCCAAGGCGCCUGGGGCCCCAGAGGGCCCCCUUGGCUUGUUGGCGGCAGCGUACGCUGCCGCCCCCGGCCACUCGCUGGUCUUCGACGCCCGCCAGCGCAAGGACAUCGCCCAGUACGUGCGCGCCAGCCGUCUGCCCCAGCGCUCGAACGUGGCGGCGGCCACCGUCGCCAGCCAGCAGGCCUCGACGUCCAAAGCCGCUGUGCUGCCAUCGCCGGCACAGCUCCCGCUGCACCAGCAGCCCGCUGCACCAGCCUACUACCACCGCAGCACGUGA